AUGGCGGAACAAGACCCGGGUGACCGCCAGCCAGAUCAACGCCCGCCAGCCUAUACCGGCCCUUUCCUAUUCGUGAACAAGAACGCCACAAACCUAAGGUCCAGGCAGAGAGAGGAAGUAUUCGCGGUGCGCAGCCAUGCCAUGCAAAUAGCCAGGCGGUCGAGGAAGCCCACUUCCCGGCCCAAGUCGUCAGAGAGCGAGAGCCAGGCUCAACCAGAGUCCACGACACCCGCCAGCCCGCGAGCCCAAACGAGCGUGCCCAGCCCGACAUCCGAGCCCAUUCCAUCCAUCCAAAACAUUCUAGAGCAGCAGGCGAAAGGAGUCCUCCAAUACCAGCAAAGGCAGUCUCAGACACGCCAGCCAGACCCAUCCCAGAGCCAGUCGGCGACGCAUGAGUUCCCAGCCUUGUCCCCGAGAUCUUCGACCCUCCGCCCGUCGACCUCGAACCUUCUUCCGGCUGAAUAUGCCGCUUCUUUAGCGCAACUGACCACGGCCGCAUCGCCCCCAAGCCUGAUUCCCAGCGGCGCGUCAGACCCCAUUGGUGCCACGCAAUUGUCUCCCGAUGCAUUUUUCAACUCUGUGCUCCAGUUUUGGCGACUGUGCUACAUGUCCAACUUUUGGCCCGCUCAUAUCUAUUUCGAUCUUUCGCACCGAGCAGUCCAAUUCACCGACGGCUGGAUUCGGAAUAUGGUCAUCAACAAUCCGGCCAUGCUGCACGGCCUUUUCUCUGGCGCCCUCAGCUAUAUCACAAAUUAUCUUCCUCCGACAGACAACACCCCGAUGUUGUGGGCUAGGGCGAUCCACCAUUAUGGAAAAUGCCUCGAAGAGACCCGAGCUCAGCUCGCCCGACCAGGUAUCAGCACGGAAGAAGCACUGAGUUUGAUCCAUGGAAUGACAACGUUUAGUUUCCACUGCCACGAUUUAGAGAGCUGUCAGGUUCACCGUGCGGCAUCAAUGCGGCUUCUUCAAAGUCUUGAAGGAGGUCUUGAAUCGCUGCACCCGGUGCUGAAGUAUCUUUUGAUCCUCUGUGACUCGCUCACGGCAAGCCAUGUUCCAAGACGUCCGUCAAUGGACCUUGAGUCCUGGGCGCCUAAGCCAUGGGCUGAAGAGCCCUCCUUGCGACCGCUUGAUCAUCUGUUUAGCUUCGACGCUCACGUAUACGAGGAGACAGACCACGCCAUAUUUCCCCUUGCCGCCCAGGGCGAUGACAAUAACAGUUCGCAGCAUUUGUUGGAGCUGAUCAACUGGCAUCGCGAGGCGUUGGCGGCCAAUGAACUAGCUUUCGCCCUUGCCGACACAUCGAGCUCUCCAAACAUGUCCGAAUCUGCGGGUGAAAGCGGCCAGGACCGAGCCGAUUUGAUAUACACAUGGCUGUCGCUGCGCCAGUACGCCUUGAGUUGUCUCUCGUCGCACAGGUAUAUGGACAUUAUGGAGUCGGAGGACCACGAACAGUCGCUGUUGGCACAGAUACACGAUGUCUUUCACUCGAGUAUCGUGCUUGCCACCAGCUACAUGUUCCAAUUCGUCAUGCGAUACGGCAUGAACGCUCCAAGCAUGGCAUAUAUACCGUGCCAUCACUUACGCACACGAUUGGACCUGCUCAUGGCCCUCAUGAGCCAGCAUAGACGCAUACAAGCGGCAGAAGUGGGCAAGGACGGUGGUGGAAGAAGGCCAGCUAGCCCAGUCCCUACGGACGCCCUUCUCUUCCUCUUUUUCGCCGGCGCAGUCGUCGAAGAGUCCGACGGGCCGAAUCGAGUCCAAGCACCACCACACAUCACCAGGGCGGGCGUGAUCCCUUCCCCUGCGGUUGAGCAUCCUGGCGAUAUCAUCCACGCACGUUGGUUUAGCGUGCAUUUCGCGAUGGUGCUGCAACGAUCAAAUAUCGAAGCUUGGGAAAACGUCAGACGGGUUCUGAAGAGGUUUGUCUACGUUGAACGAGUUCUGGAUCGAUUUUUGCAGGUGCUUGUGACGAGAAAGCUCGAGUUUUUGGCAGCUUUGGUUGUGGGGGUGCCGGCACAUGUUCCUGCUGGUGGUUCUGGAGACGCUGGGAGUCUUGGGUUUUUCGAGGGACCGGGCGUGGCAGGGUCACCUAGGCCGGGGACGGGUUCUCCCUCGCGACGACGACCAACACCAUCUCGCCAAUCUUCCUUCCAGAUGCCCACGCCACACCAAGCACUACUUCAACCACCGGGCAUGUCGCUACCGAUGGCAUUGCCCGUAUCGCCCUCGAGUCCUAAGCUCGAUGAUGGGAUUGAUGCCUUGCCAUUGUUUGGGCCCCUCCCAGUUUCCCUCGCGGCCACCGUGCCUCACACAGCAGCCGACUGGUGGCAAGACAUGGGGUACGAAAUGGGGGUCCAAGAAGAGUUUUCAAUGGAUUUGGAUAUGAAUUUGGGUAUGGGGCCGGAGUUGGAUACGCUAUUGGAUGUGCAGAUGCACGGCGAGGAUCUGGAUGGGCAUGAGGACAUGCAGGCGGAGAAAAGGCGCGAGCAAGGUUGA